CAGAGUAACAACCAGGGAAACAUGGCGGAGAAGAAACGAGGUGCAGAGGCCACAGUGUCAGAGGUCCACAAGAAGAUCACAGCAGCUUUUGAAGUGUUUGACUAUGAGUCUAACAACACAGUGGAUGCUCGGGAGAUUGGCAGCAUCAUCUAUUCCCUAGGCUGCUUUCCCACUCAGGCAGACCUACAUGAUUUCACAGCUGAGGUGGAAGAGGGCCACACAGGAUAUAUCAGUUUGGACAAGUUCCUCCCAGUCAUGACCAAAGUGCUGCUGGAGAACAAGUACCCUCCCAUCCCUGAGGAUCUUCUGCUUCAGGCGUUUGAGGUUCUGGAUAAAGAAAAGAAAGGAUACCUGGAGCCUGAGGAGCUGACAAAGUACAUGACACGGGAAGGCGAUGUUUUCACUCAGGAGGAGAUGGAUGAGAUGUUGACAGCACUUGCUGACCACGAGAAAAACCUUAUUUAUUACAAAGACUUAAUUAACCUGCUGACCAUUGACCCUGAUAUGUAGACAGUGCCACAGUGUGUGUGUGUGUGUCAGCAUAGCUUUUUAUUAAUAUUACAAACACACAAGUCUGUGUAUGUUUGGUGUUUGUGUUCAUGUAUGCAUGUUUUUAUGGUGGGCUAGUAGUUCUGAUUAUACAUGCACAGAGCUCAACCUGACUGUGUUUCCAGAGUUGUCUUUCAUUUCAGUUGAAAUACUUUCUGGUCAAAUUGUUUUGGCAGAUUUGUGAAAAUGUAUCAACGAGGGAGCACCAUUAUGUAGAAGUUCAUUAUCUUGGUAUAAUCUACAGUAAUUUUAUGCUCCCAUGCAUACAUACAUAUUAUACCCAACCUCUCUUUCCUACUUCUGAGAUGUUUUCAAGAAUCACAUUAAAUUGGGAACUACAUGAACAAUA